AUGUUCGCAACAAUUCAUCAGGUCGCAAACAGGUCUUUCGACUACGUCAUUUGCGGUGGCGGCACUGCUGGCUUGACUCUUGCUGCAAGACUGUCCGAAGAUCCUAAUGUCACAGUGCUAGUUCUCGAGGCUGGCGGAGCGAACCUCAACGAUUGGUCGAUCCGUGAGCUGAACCCUCUGAGAGAAGGAAAGGGUCUCGGUGGAUCUACGCAAAUCAAUUAUAUGUCCUGGACAAAACCUCCCGCGAAUGAGAUAGACGCGUUUGAGCGGCUGGGAAAUCCUGGUUGGAAUUGGGAAAAUCAUCAGAAAUACGUUAAGCGCACUGAAGGCUUCGUAGUGCCCGGGGCCGAAAUGCAAAAGCGAAACGGCUUGUCCUUUGACACAGUAGACAUUAGCACAGACGGUCCCUUGAAGAUUGCAUAUCCAGGCACAAUAGAGGAGGCAGAAUUGAAGAUUCAAGAGACAUUCAUCAACGGCGGCAUAUCUGUCGCGCCUUGCCCCUUCAAUGGCGACCCCGAGGGCGCGUAUUGGUGUCCCAGUACGUACGAUCCAACUACACAUACGCGUUCAUACGCGACUACAGCUUUCUACGUUCCGAACGAGGACCGAAAAAACUUGAUCGUGUUGCUGGAUGCCUAUGUGACCCGCAUAAUCACAAAGAGAUCCACGGCGGGCGCUGUCUCCGCGAAGGGGGCGGAGUUUGAACACGAAGAUGGCACAUACGUCGUUAACGCGCGAGCGGAAAUCAUCUUGUCCGCAGGGUCGCUCAAGUCCCCUCAUAUCCUCGAGUUAUCAGGGAUAGGGAGGAGGGAAGUACUAGAGAGAAUUGGUGCACCGUUCAAUGUGAAUCUUCCUGGAGUAGGGGAGAACCUUCAAGACCAUAUUGUUGUCGCAGCCGCAUUUGGUGCGCCCAGCUUUUCCUCAAACAUCUUCGUCAUCCGAAAAUCUCGUUUCUCAGAGCUACGCGACGAAGUUGAAUGGGAGACGGCAGACCUACUGCGUGAUCCUGUACUCGAGGCAAAACACCACAAGCUGCAUGCUCAAGGAGAGGGCAUCUACACUACGAACAUCUUGAACAUGGCUUUUGUUUCGCUUGCAACUGUCACAGAUAAGUCGGAUAUUUUGUACGAGGCUACAAAGACGAAGAUAGCAGAGAAUGCCCACACGUACCCGCCUGGGCUUAUGGAUCAGUACGAGAUCCAGCUUGAGCGUAUGCAGCAGCGCGCGCCUGGAUGCGAAAUAAUCUGUAUUCCCGGAUUUAUGUCGGUCCCGAAUCCACCCGAAAUGGGGAAACGGUAUGUGUCGCUAUGUGCGGUGUUGGACCAUCCAUUCUCGAGAGGGGUGAUCCAUAGCAAAUCUGCCAAUCCCCACGACGAGCCCGAUAUAGAUCCGCGCUACUUUGAGCAAGAGAUUGAUCUUGAUAUCCUGACUGAACUCUUGAAAUUUGUCCGCGGGCUAGCCAACCUCGCCCCCCUCAAAGAUAUGAUUGGGGUGGGGCAUAUUCCGCGCAGCAUUUUAUCAGCCAUUUCUUAUGCCGGUCCCUAUAUGCCUGCGCCAGCGCACGUCAAACAAUUCGUCGGCACAAUUCCACAUGCCACCUCGACAUGCUCUAUGCUUCCGCGAGAGCGCGGAGGCGUUGUUGACUCCAGCCUCAAAGUCUAUGGCACGACGAAUCUCCGUGUGGUUGACCUCUCGGUCGUGCCACUGAUCUUCGCGGCGCAUCCUAUGGAAACGGUCUUCGCAAUCGCUGAGCAGGCUGCGGAUAUCAUCAAGGGUACAUUCAGCGCUUGA